AUGCACCCAUCACUCCUCCCCAUAGCCCUCUAUGCCCUCGCGGCCUCAGCAGCACCAGCACCCGCACCAGCACCCUACCCCCUCCACCGCCGGGACCAAAACAGCUCCGCCAACAACCAGGCCCUCAUCUCCGCCCUCGAGCUCGCCCCCACCGCCAAAGACCGCCUCGCCCUCCUCACCCCCUCAGACUUCCUCUACGACUUCGCCUCCCCACCCCCCGGCGACGCCAUCACCACCGGCCUCGGCGGCCGCACCGUCAAAGCCGACAGCAAACUCUUCCCCGCCCUCAUCGGCACCGGCGUGAGCAUGACAUUGGGCUUCAUCGGGCCGUGCGGUUUCAACACGCCGCACGUGCAUCCGCGGAGCUCGCAGAUCAACGUCGUCGUCGAGGGUCAGCUGAAGACGCAGUUUAUUGCCGAGAACGGUGUGGAUGCUGUUGAGAAUACGUUGGGGAAGUGGCAGAUGACGGUUUUCCCGCAGGGGGCGGUGCAUACGGAGUGGAACCCAACCUGCGACCCAGCCGUCUUCGUCGCGGGCUUCGCCUCCGAAGACCCCGGCGUCCAGCAGAGCACGCAGACGCUCUUCAAACUCGACGACGACGUCGUGCGGGCGGAGCUUGGGGUGGAAACGCUGAAUGGCGAGAGCAUCGAGCAGUUCAGGGACCAGCUGCCUGAGAACGUGGCGUUGUUUGUGGAGGAGUGUUUGGCGAGAUGCGAUAUCGAGGCGGACCCGGCGCCGAAUCAGGGAGGGCCUUCGGAGGGAGGGCCUUGGUCGGCACCUUCGUCGGCGCUAGCGUAA